AUGCGUAUAGAAGCUAUUCAUGAGGACUCUAUUCUCAAAUGUUUUAGAGGAGAAUCUCAAUGGACGGACGAAGUGACAGAGUUAGACGUGAAGCCUGCAAAGAAAAGAAAAUUGUCAACGCGUAAUGAAAAUGACAAGUUGCGAAUCUUAGAGAGAUCGUUGGAACUCGUUGAUGAAUAUAACGGAAGAGAUAAUAUUACAGCUUUAAACAAAACGGUCAAACUUUCAUUUGAAAAGGGCGGGAGAUUGAUAGUCAAAUACUUUCAGAAGAAAUUGCAUACCUUGGUUGAAAUCGGUGAUGUGUCUGAAUCACAAAUGCCACGAGAGGAAGUUCUACUAUUAGCUUCUGCACAUAACAAGUAUGGGCUUACAGGUGAUGCUAAUUUAAGUUUGAAGUUAGAGAACGGGUUGAUAACCCUAACAUUGACUUAUUUUCUAGAUUAUAAUUUGAGUUUGGACAACACUAUACUGAGAAAGAUACUGGCUUCGUUGAUAAAUAUUUUGGACAAAAAAGAGAACCCAAAGGUCGAGGACCAGGCCACUGUAACUCCUGAGCUUUUUUAUAAGAGUAUAUGCGAGCAUACUGAGAAAUUACCAGCAUUUGAAGGAGAUUUUGAUCUUCCCGAAUUAGAAACGGAUUUGUUGAAAUUUCAAAAAAAGACAGUAAAUUGGAUGUUAGGAAAGGAGAAUGCCAAAUACAAUUUUGAAACAAACAGGUGCGACCAAGUGGUUUCCUUCUCAGAAAGUGACUUGGUCGAUGAGGAUACAACCUUGGAUGUGGUGAACAGAAUAUGGUAUGGCUGGAAGGUAAUGGACAUUUCAGGCAGAAGAGUAUUCUUCAACAAAUACACCAGUCAUCUUGCAACCUUGGAGCAGGUCAAAGAGUAUCUUUUGGAUUACUUGCAUCAAGAGGAUAAGAAUCUAUAUCCCUCGACUCUUCCUGCUAGAUGCUUGUUGAGUGAGGAAAUGGGGCUAGGUAAAACCGUGGAAACCACGUCGUUAAUACUACUUAACCAACGUCCCAUUAAUGAGGUAGAUAAGAAACUUAGUUUACCCUUGAAUGAAUUUGGGGAUGCUAAAACAAUCAUAAAGGGUCGCACUACUUUGAUUAUAGCCCCGUCCACUAUACUUCAACAAUGGAAAAGUGAGAUCGUGAAUCUGGCUCCAUCACUAGCACUAACAGAGUACAAGGGCGUUUCAAAUUACCCAAUGUUUGGCAACAAACCAGCUGUGAUUGCGGAGUAUCUUCGAAAAUUUGAUGUCGUGAUUACCACGUACCAAAUUAUAUCCAAAGAAUUAGACUAUGCUAAAUACUCUAGCAAACUAAGAAAGACUAGGGCCGCAAAGCGAGACGUCCCGUAUCAAGAUGCAAGGGAUAAUGACACAGAAAAUACAACUUCCCCGAAUGUGAAGGACACUUUGACUCAAGAUUACCUGACUCUUUUCCAAUUGACUAGUUUGAGGAAGCCCCAACAUGCAAACAAGAGGACAGACUCACUGCAACAGGAAACAGACUACGAAAAGGCAUUACAAGAUGAGAUACAAUUAGCAUUAAGGCAUAACAAGGUGCCAAGUUGGUACCGCAAAAAUGAAUACGAGUCUCCGCUAAUGCUCAUUCAAUUUUGGAGGGUCAUACUAGAUGAGGUUCAAAUGGUGUCUCUGACUGUAUCAAAAGCUUUUCAAAGCGCAGCGUUGAUUCCUAGAUUUCAUGCUUGGGGUGUAUCUGGUACCCCCAUCAAGCGAGACUUGAAUGACUUGUUUUCUUACUUGAAAUUCUUGAGGUUUUAUCCUUUCAAUUACGAUAUUGGUGUUUUGUCGUGGGAGUUACUACAAAAGAAUGCACAUGAAUUUAAAUCGUUUUGGUCUAGUUUAGCUAUCAGACAUACGAAGGCAAUGGUGCAUGAUGAUAUCAAAUUGCCUCCACAAAAUCGAGUUUUGUUGACUAUCCCCUUUACAGCAGUUGAGCAGGACUUGUAUGAUGAAAAAUUUUCGGAAUGUCUAUCCCACAUUGGCCUUGAUGAAAUGGGUAAUCCAAUUUCUAACGAAUGGGACCCUUCCCCUGCUGUACUUACUUUGAUGCGUACUUGGCUAUCACGAUUGCGCCAGAUUUGUUGCUCCCCUCAGGUUGGAAAUCUACAAUUAAAUUCUAGAAGGAUGAAACGUUCGAAUUUGAAAAACGGAAUGGUGUUGAUUGACUCAUUGAAAACCUUGGACCAUCUAUUGGGUGAUAUGUUGGUUCGUCUGUAUGGUGAGAUAAGUGAUUACGAGAGGCGAAAGAUUGAAACUUUGUCGCAACUUUCCGAUUUGUUGGAAUUUAUUUAUUACCCUGAACAAGCUGUGAAGUACUUGAAAGUAGGCAUAAUGGAGACGUUGAAUGUGAUAAACAGAAUAGAGAAGAUCCUUGAGAAAUACAUACGAGAUUAUAAAAGUAAUUCACAGAACGAGGUGGAUGAUGACGAUGAUAUAGGUCGUAUUGAAGCUGGAAAGCAGGAUGAAGGUAACAACAAUGAAGUAUUGAUAUCAUCUACAAGAAUUAGACUUCGGAAUUGGCUUUUAAUAUUGCAUCGUUUCUAUUUUUUAUACGCUUCAGCCAAUUUCCAGUUGUACGAUCCUGAAUUCCAAAAAUUAGUACAGAAAUUCAAACCUGACAUUGAGUGUGAAAACUUGGAAGAUAUAAUCAAACACUUUGGUGAUCAAGGAAGAUCGAAUGAAUUAGCUUCUUUGGCAAUCUCGAUUCCAGUUAGCAAGUUUGAAUUCAAAAGCCAUUUUAUUGAUUUAAGUACUCCCCAAGAAAAUGAGACCAAAUACUACGAGCUUGCAGAAGAUGUUAGAGUCCAAAUUUUGAAGAGCACAGUUAAGCAAUUCAAGAAGAUUUCGAGUUUAAGAAUAUCGGGACGAGGCUACUUGUUUCCUGUUGAUACAGAUUUCAUUGAUGAUGCAUCGAACUUGCUUCCUAAAUCAUCAAAAAAGUUUUUCAACAAGCUCCCCAUUAUUGAUAUGGAUGACUUGUCACCAUUCGCUAUUACUCCAAAAGUGCAAUCUUUCUUGAGUAGAGUCACUACAUUCAUAAACGAACUUAAUUCGAGCUCUAGUAAAUUCAACACAAAGUUUGAGACUUUGGUCAGAUUGUUGCUUGAGCCGGUUGACAAAAAGGAUAUUGAAGUCGUUGAUAAGGAGAAAAAUGAAUUGGAUAGCGAAGAAGACUUUAUAGACAACGAUUAUGAAAAGCAUUUGGAAGCACAAGGCAUUGCCGAGGAUCUUUUAUCUUCUUUGGAAACCUUACUCACCGAGAGGAGAGGGUUAAUCUCUGGGCUGCUUGAGGAGAGAUUCAAUCCAUCACAACCAAGUAAUUGGUCCAACGAAGGUAAAGUGGACUUUUCCAAAUUGGUUUCAGAACUAACGAGUAUAGAAAACGAAUUAGAGGAAUUUUCAUCAAGGGCGAUCGAAUUAGACGUUGAUCUUUUUGGUGUAUUAUGUAAAAAACUUCGUUUGCUAUAUGAAAACCAGAAAUUGGCACAAACGAUGAUGACAAAAGAAUUGAAUCUAAACUGCAAUGCAGUAUUCAAUGCAAGGGUUGAAUAUUAUAAGCAACUUCAACAAAUAUCUGAUACUGUGAAAUUGAGGAAAUAUCCAUACUUAAUGAGAGACAAUCUUGACCCUCGCCGUGUCAAUUACAUGUUGACGGAUAUUCUAACUUCAUUUCGAGAUGUGAGGAGAUCCAUGGACAAUGCUGUAGGUCGAUUUAGAUAUUUGACCGAAUUGGUGGAGGAGUCUCAGCAGACAAUUGAUGAUGCUAGCGAAGAUGUUAUGACUUGUAUUAUUUGUCGUUCAAGUAUCAGUAUUGGGUCGUUGACUCUGUGCGGUCACAAAUAUUGUAAAGACUGCUUAGAACAUUGGAUGAGGAAUUCAAGACAUUGUCCAAUGUGUAAAGCUAGGAUUGAUAUUCAGUCGGUUUACAAUUUCACUAGGUAUGCACCGGAAUUAAAAGCCAAAGAAGUGCAUAACCCAGAAGCUAAAGCGAAGAAGGGGGCUUUUCUCAACUCGAUUUACAAACCAUUGAAUGAAGAUUUGGUUCAAGAGGUACAAGAGAUAAAGUUGGGGUCGUCAUACAGUACCAAGGUAGAUAUGAUAGUUAAGCAAGCUUGCUAUUUGAAGAAAUGUGACCCUGGCGUGCAAAUUGUUAUAUUCAGUCAAUGGCAAGACAUGUUGUACAUAUUGAGUAAUGCCUUAAAGUCUGCAGGUAUCACAUAUGUCGGAACUGACAAUGCUUUUCUUCCUGAUCAAAAGAACCCUUCACUGAAGAAACCGAAGAAGGAAGUGGCAGUGGAGUACUUCAAGCAACCAGAAAACAAAGUUACGUGUUUUCUUUUGAAUGCGAAAUCCCAAGCUAGUGGAUUGACGUUGGUGAAUGCUACACAUAUAUUUUUAUGCGAACCAUUGGUAAAUACAUCGUUAGAGUUACAAGCAAUUUCACGUAUCCACAGGAUCGGCCAAAAAAAACCAACCACAGUAUGGAUGUUUGCUAUCGAAAACACUAUUGAGGAAAGUAUUAUCAUCACAUCUACAAACAAGAGGAUAAAGUUGAUUGAAAACAGUGCCAUUGACCAAGAGGUGGUAUCAGAGCCUAGCGAGGUAAAGUUGAGUGAGGCUGAUUCAUUGACGAUGAUGUGUAGUGUUGGUGCUGAUGAACUUUUAGAAAAACAUGCACAAGGAGAAAAUGUGACAAAUAAUGACUUGUGGCAUUCUUUUUUCAGUGCCAAACAAUCUCAACAGAACUUGGGUUUUUAG